CAGCGGCGGCGCCGCCCCCGCGCUCAACUGCUCCGGCCGCGGGCUGCAGCGCCACUUCGCCAACGACAGCGACAGCGAGGAGGCCGGUUGGCUCUGGGCGGACGACAUGCUCGGCGUCGUCUCCGUCGACUUCUCCCACAACGACCUGGUGCGCGUGCACAAGUUCCCCACGCUGCCUGCUCUCCGGGUGCUGGACCUGUCGCACAACCGGAUAGAGGAGAUCGACCCGGCGGCGUUCGAGCAGCUGCAGAACCUCACCGAGCUGGACCUCAGCAACAACGAGCUGGUGACCGCCGCGCUCAAGCCCAUCGUCUUCCAGGGCCUGUACGCGAUGCCGGAGUACAUGCCGCUCAAGUCGCUGCGCAGACUCAGCCUGGCUAACAACGUGCUGCAUGCACUGGACUCGGACGUGUUCGACCAUAUCGAGAAGCUGGAAGUGCUCGACCUGAGGGGCAACAAGUUCAGCAUCAUCAGCCAGGUCACCGCAGACGCCAUUGGAUCGCUCUUCCACCUCAAGAGUCUGGACCUGUCGUUCUGCGACAUCGAGGCGCUGCCGGAGACGUUCCUGCACCCGCCGAAGGACCUGCAGCAGCUGUGGCUGGCGGGGAACCGUUUCACCAAGCUGCCGGACGAGCUCAAGAACUCACACAACCUCAGCCUCCUGGACCUCAGCCAAAACCCAAUCCCUGAGAUCUCCAAGGCGCAGCCGUUCCCGGCGUCCCUGGAGUCGCUGACGACGCUGGUGAUGACGUACAUGCCGGCGCUGCGCGUCGUCGACGGCUCGGCGAUGGCCAACCUGACGGGCCUGCGCGAGCUGCAGCUACACCACAACCCGCGCCUGUCCGAGCUGCGCGGCGAGCUGCCCUACUCGCUCCGCAAGAUAUGGCUGAACGACAACAACUUGAGCCGGCUGGACGGCGCGCAGGAGCUGGGCCGCUCCAACAUGCUGAAGCUGGUGGACGUCCGCUACAACCCCUGGGUGUGCGACUGCGACACGCAGUGGAUGGUCACCGUGCUGACGCCCCUCAUCAACCGCACCACGCCGGAGCUGCUCACUGGCGCUGGGUGCGAGCAUCCGGAGGAGAUGCGUGGCAAGACGUUCGCGUGGAUGUGGCGCAGUGGCUACAACAUGCGCUGCCUACCCACUGACGGUUCCAAGCCGGAGCGCGACGCAGCCAUGCUGGUGGGCGUGCUGCUCGGUCUGCUGCUGGGCAUGGCGCUGCUCGGCGUCGCCAUCUUCCUGCACCGCCGCCGCCUGCUCCCCACGUGCCUCACCUGCGAGACUGGGCCAGCCGCAUUCUCCAGAGGCUUCUACAAGCGCGCUGGGCCCACCACUGACGAGAUGUACUAGCCGGUUCUACUCGCGUCAUGUCAUAGCCUGGAGCUAGGCGACAACGAGUACCACCUGUCUAGUCGAAUAGACUACAGUUACGAGCCGUGCGUUUAGUUCGCAUUUUUAAGUCAUUUGCGAGCGUCGAUGUUAUGUAUAAAAUGCUUAGAAAUAGAGACAUUCGGUGUUUCAGGAUUUGAUGUUCAAAGGAAUCCAUUUAAGUCGAUAUACACAUCUCAUUCAACGAGGUCUGAUUUAUAAUUUCUCUCGUUUUCAUUUUCUCAAGUCAGAAUGAGAUAUAAUUUUUUUAAUUUUCAAUGGGCGACGACAAUUAUUGCGUAUUUGUAUAGAUGUUGUUCAUCAGUUGUUUUAUGUCUAUUAGGAGACUGAGGCUCUCAUGUUCUUCUACUUAUGAAUAUUAUUAGUGUGUUAUACGCUGCUGACGUUAAACAUGAAUAUUAGUUCAAUAUUUCUAUCCACAGAAUUUGACAUGUACUUAAUUUAUAAUGGUUUGCUCAAAGAGUUACCAUGUUCUGUUAGCUUUUGGAAACGUAUUACAGAGUGUAUUGUAUUUGUUAU